GACAAAAACAAUCGAGAAAUCGCGUGAAUUUUGCUCGUUUUUUGCUAUUUAAAGCCCGAAUUUAGCGGAAAUUUCGUCAAAAACGCAUUUUCGAGCACUCGGUGCAUCGCGUUCGCAUCAAAUUCAUCAAAAUUACUUGUGAUAAAGCGCCCAACUCUGUUAUUUCGCAUCACGUAAUUCCCAGAGUCCAAUGUUUCAGCAAUUUCUCGCCUCUGAACGACAUUUCUGGCAGGCAACGCAGCAAUUUGAGAAAUGUUACGCGAACUAAUCGCCUGGGUACUGAACAAUUAUCUGGGCAAAUAUGUGGAAAAUCUAAAUACAGCGCAAUUAUCUGUCGCACUGCUUUCGGGCGAAGUCGAAUUAGAAAAUUUACCUUUAAGACCGGAUGCUUUACGUCAUCUCGGACUCCCGCUGAAGAUCCAAAGUGGCUCAAUUGGCAAAGUAAAGUUGCAAAUUCCUGUCACAGCGUUUCGUACAGCGCCAUGGUGCAUCCAAAUCGAGCAAAUUUACGUCAUUUGCGGACCCUUGAACCUCGACGAAUGGGAUGGCGAACAAGAACAUCAAGCCGACUUGGAUUACAAGUUGUCCAGUCUCGAUAGUUUGGAGGCACGAUGGCGUGCACAUCUCGAAGCAGGUGCCUCAGGCAGUUAUUAUGCGUCCUCGUACAGUGGUUGGUUGAGUUACGGAUCGUCGCUCGUGACAAAUAUCGUCGAAAAUCUCCAACUUAAGAUCAAUGAUGUGCAUUUUCGAUAUGAGGAUACAAUUACUGUGGAAAAUUGUCGAUUUGCUUGCGGUGUGACAAUUGAAUCGCUUACCGCGGAAUCCUGUGAUAACAAUUGGGCAUCGAGUUUCAAUACGAACCAACAAUUGUCCUUUAAAUUAGUGGAAUUGAAUGCGUUGUCGCUGUAUUGGGAUCCGCUGAUACACGAUGAGACGUUGAGUGAAACGAAUUCCAAGGAGCUUGCCGAUGUUUUGUCCCAUAUUAAGUUUCAGCAUGAGUAUAUUAUUCAACCGGUGAGUGCGCAGGCGAAAUUUAAGCGCGAUCGGAGCGUUUCCGCGUUACGCACACGCAAUCGCCCACGACUCACGUGUGACCUUGUGUGGAAUGAAAUUGCAAUAUCGCUGAGUGAUAAACAAUACCGUCAAAUGGUUGAAUGCGUACGUGGUUUGGAUGACAUAUCAAAAUACCGCCGGUUUCGUUUGUUGCGUCCUUUAGUGCCCGUUAGCGAGAAUCGCAAGGCAUGGUGGUUGUAUGCGGCGCAAUGUCAUGGUCUUUUAAAAUACAUCAACUGUGAUCCCAGUAGAAUUGCCAAAGAAAAUCUCAAGUACAUCAAUAUUUAUACGAAAAUUCUUGCAAACCCAAACGAAACGUUGUCGCCCGAGAACAAAGAAUUCAAAGACUCCGUCGAGAGCGAACGAAAUUACGAGGAAUUGAAACUUUUGCGGGAGAUUUGCAUGUUGAACCAACAACCAGUGAUAAAUGUGCAAGCAAAACGACAGGAAAACGCCUCGAAGGGACGUUCAAUGUUGCUUCAAUGGUUUCCUCAGAUGUGGUAUGGCAAACAAACGACUGACGAAAGUAUCACGGAAGACAAUUUACUCGCACUUGACGACUCAAGAGGCUUGGAUGACACGAAAGAAACGAUCGAAGAUGAAAUUUUGAAUGCAUUGGCGGAUUCUGUGGAAAACGAUUCGAUUUUGAAACGAGAUGCGGUCUUUGGAAAAUUUGAAUUUACCUUGAAAAAGGGCACUUUGGAUAUUUGUAGCGGCGGAUUUGGCUCUGAAUUGACGCCAAUGUUGCAAUUGCAGUUCGAAAAUUUGAUUUUGAGUGUCGAAAGUCGUCCUCGAUCCGGAUCACAUUUUCUCGGUUUGAGUCUCGGAUCGAUUUUACUCAAAGAUCGGAUAACGCCAAAUUCAGAAUUUCCGGAUUUAAUAAAACCGCAAGUGAAAGAUGAAAUGUUAAGUCGUACGAAAUCAGGAAGUGUGAGAAAAACACAAAAUAACUCGACGGAGCCUCUUUUUCAGCUGGAAUACGAAAAACGACCUUUGGCAUUAGUUGCUGACUAUCGUUUGCUCAUAAAAUCCCAAUCGCUGGAUAUCGUGUACAACGUUGGCGCCGCAAAAUGGUUACUUGACUUCGUUUCGCGCCCGCAUCAAAUGUCAGAAGCACGAAAAAAGAUCGAAGCAAUGAAAAAUAAGACAAAAAAAGAAAUUAUGAAGAAUUGGGAGCAAAUUCUCAAAGGUCACUUGAGUCAACGGAAGCAAUGGGCAUUCGAAAUUGACAUUUCGGCGCCGCAAAUCAUCUUUGUCGAAAAUUUCGCGGAUAAAAGUGGAAGUUCAAUUGUCGUUGUUGAUUUCGGAAGACUGCAAUUGACGAAUAAUGUCGUUACGCAACGCACAAAUGGUCGAACGAAUGGCGUUGUGCAAGAUGUUUCCAUCAAAAGUCCCGGCGGAAUUGAGAGCGAUGAUGAAUCUGACAUGUUUUUGACGCCUUGCUCGACGCCGCCCGGUUCAGAGACAAGUAAUUCACCGACUUUGGUGUCGGCAGCCUCAGAUCCGUUGUCGAAUUCGGAAACGUUGAAUGUGAUGGAUGACAUUAAUGAGGGAAAUUUGAUGGAUAAACUGUAUGAACGGUACAAUUUGGAUUUGACAGAUUUGCAAGUGCUCGUUUGCAAAGGAAAGGAACGAUGGAAUUUCGCGAGUGCAAAAGGAACGUCGACGUUGCAUGUGUUGGAUCGAUUCAAUAUUUCAUUACAAAUCGAACGUCGAAUCCUUCACACAACAGAUCCGCAAUAUCCCAGUUUGACACUUUUGGGUCGUCUCCCUCGUCUAAAUGUGCACGUGAACGAAAAUAAAAUUGCAGCAUUGACACACAUGUUCAACAUCAUCACGCGAAACAGUGUUUUCGAUUCGCCCAUGAAGUCAAAUAUCGAACAUCCCUUGUUGGAAUCGUUAAGUCAAGAAUCGCACGACGAAGACACUUUCGCCGAAGAGAUGAGUCAUCGCGAAUCCAAUAAACUCGUGAUAAUGCAAUUUUCCGUCGAUCAAAUGUCUCUCGAAGUCCAAAGCAGAGGUCGAAGUAUUGCCGAAUUGCAAGUUACGGGAGUUCGUGCUGGUUUGACGCAAAGAGCGCAUGAAACAAAUGUCUCGUUGAGCGUUCACGGAUUGUUGCUUGUCGAUGCAAUUCAAUCAUUUGGUCCGGAUUUCGAACUUUUGAUCGCAAGUCAUCGACACGUGGGCAUGGAUAGCGUUUCGGGCAGUUUGAGACAUAGCGAGCCAUGUUCUCCGUGCAGUCCAGGAUCGCCUGAUCCGAAUCAAAUGGAAGAUCGGAGACCAACGAGCCCGAUGUCAAUUCAUAAAGCGUUGAGUAGCUUGACAAGAGCUUCGUCUCCUUAUAAUAACUCAACAAUUGGCGCGAUGGAUGACUUAGAUGCGUUAAUUGUGGUCGACAUUCAAUUUAUUGAUGGAACGGGACUCAACGACGACGUUUCUCAUCAAAUUGCCAACAUUCAGUUUAAUAAUUUGGAUAUUAUUGCAAAUCAAGAAACCAUCGUCGAAUUAAUUGGAUUCGCCAACCGCGUUUUCCCCAAAAGUCGCAAACACUCAAACAUCGUGCCCCGUUUCCAACCUGAUUCAAGUCAACUAGACGACUCGUCGUUAGAAAUCAACCAACAAGAAGCCCCAUCGAAUCCCGUUCGCACGGAAAUCACUUUUGACUUUCACCGCUUGAAUAUUCUCAUCUUGCGAGCUUACAUGCGUGAUAAUUAUUUGGUUGCUCGCAAAGUUGGGACCUUGACGUUGUGCGAAGCGAAGAUAAAUGCAACUUUAUCAGAUACUGUCGAAGUCACCGGAUCCCUUGGAGGCUUACAAAUUCUGGAUUUAACACCCGAAGGCGUGAAUCAUCAACGAAUUUUGUCUGUUGGAAAGGAUCCUUUGACAGAUCCGCCGCCUGUUGAUACGCACGAUGACUUAUUAGCAUCUUUGACGAACGAAGUUUAUCGCGGAAGCGGAAAUGGCAACAAAAUGGAACCGCUGAAGGAGAAACAAGCGUUAUCUUUUGCUAUUACGCGUGACAUUAACAUGUGCAUCGAUGUCAAAGUUCGCAUGGCUUCUGUUUGGUACAUCCAUUGUGCGCGAUUUUUGCAAGAAUUGACAUGGUGCGCCACGGAAUUCAAGCAAUAUCUGAAAACUUUGGCGAAAUCAAUCAAAGAAAAGGCUGCCGAUAUGGCUUUGGGUCUUGUUCAACCGAGAGCUGAUAGCACAAGUACCCCCAUGAAAAGCGCAGAAUUUAUUAAUUCACCUCGGUUACAAAGACGCUUGAGAACGAUGUCGAUGAAUCGCACUCCCGGCGAAAUUUUCAGCAAUAACAACUUGAAAUACGAGAUAAAAGUCGACGUUGUACUCGAAACUCCCGUGUUAGUGCUCCCGCGGAACAGUAGCAGCCCACAAGUGUUUGUCGCACAUCUGGGUAGAAUUUCAAUAACGAACUGUGAUAAAGAAAAGACAAUAGCGAAUGAUGCGAUUUCUGUUAAAAGUGACGAUUUUUUGAAAGAAAACUUGAAAAACAGCACAAGCACGGAAAUGUUCGACAUGGAUUUCGAUCCGGGCGACGUAAAAAGCGAUGAUGGCGACGAAAGUACCAAAGUUGAGACAAUUGAUAAUUUGGAAAGUUACGCUUUGGAGAUAAAAAACAUGAAUUUAUACUCACUCGAUACCACAAACCGUAAAGGAUUUCGUCUUUCAGCGUUGCCCAGAGCUGAAGACUUUUAUUCUUGUCAAGCGGAUGCGAUUCCAAUUCUGCAUGACACGGCAAUAAGACUUACAAUCGCUCGGGAUUUGGAAACUUCCUUCGAUUUGAACGCAGAUUCCGUGAUGGAGAGCAAAGAUGUCUUAAAUAUCGUUGGUUCGGUCGUAAAUCCUCUUCGUGUAUCGCUGACGAGACAAAGUUACGAACAACUACUCGAAACAAUCGAUAAUAUCUUCAAAGUCCCGCCGGAUUUGGCGAAACCUCCUUCAGAUAAUGUGCUGGAAUGUAACAAAAGUAAGCUGGAUAAUAUCCAUGAGGAACUGGAUGAACCUGAUUUGGCCUAUAAACGACGAUUGUUCAACCAACCGAGCGUUUCGGACCAAAAACCGAGUUUACAACCGAAAAUUUUGUUCGAACUACCAAUUUUGAUCAUCGAAUUGAAUAAUGAUAAAAAUAAUCCGUUAAUAGAAAUUGCUUUGAGGGAAUUUUGCGUGAAUUAUGAGCAAAAAAAUUCGUUUGAAACAGCGAUUCAGGUGUCUUUGCGCUCCGUUCAGAUGGAAGACUUGUUACGGGAUAAAGAAUCGAACCAAAGAAUCAUGGUUGCCUCGUCGACGCAGGAUGCCAAUGGUGAUCGCUUUUAUUCGUCGUACGCUUCUUACUCGUGUCCCGAUUUAGCGGCUUUAAUUCAUCCCCGGGAAGAAAUGGGAUAUUCCCUCCCAGAUAAACUUGACAAUACUUGCCCGUUUCCCACGUCGCAAAAGCAACAACAACAAAUUAAGCCUGUUUGUCCCGAUACGCCGCCGCCAUCGCCGCAGCCAAAAUCCCGCGAAGAUAAUCUCGUCAUCUACAACUCGACUUUGGUGAAUCCCGAAGCUCCGAAUUUCCACACGUACUUUCAUUCGCUGCGUCAAAGCAGCUCAAUUGACUUCAAUAGUCUCGAUUUAGUCAUUUCCGUGCAAAGUUGGUUUGUGCUCCUAAACUUUUUUGGUCUCAUGUCUGACGAUAAUUACAACGAACAAAAAUCCCCGGUGAAAACGGAACAAGAAGAUGCUCAAUUAUCAACGGAAAACACGAAAUUAGACGUUUCCGUGAGAAGUUUGAAUCUCGUGCUCAUGAACGAUGACUACGAAAUGGCAAAAGCGAAUGUUUCGAACGCGCAUUUCCUGAUUGCCAAACAUGAACUGAACAAAACCAUCGAAGGGCGUCUCGGAUCGAUUUAUUUGAACGAUUUGACGUCACAUGGGUCAGUUUAUAAAGAGCGGUUUAUGACGAGCGGCAAUGAAGCACUCAAUUUUGUGUAUAAAUCGGAUAAUAACAGACAUCGGGAGGACUUGGAUCCGGAUGCGACGCUCAAAAUUCAGAUGUCAUCCGUGAAAUAUGUGCACACGAAACGAUUUGUGGCGGAAAUUCAAAAGUUUUUCAGGGAUUUUUCGCAGUUGCAGACGCCUGUGAUUCGGAAGAUCAAGACUUCAGACUCGCUGUAUAAUUUGCAACAAAAGCCGAUGAAACUGGCGUUGGAGAUAAAUGCUGGAUCGCCAAUCAUUUUAUUGCCGCUCUGUGCCAAAAGUGACCAAAUUAUUGUCGGAGAUCUCGGAGAAUUUUCACUUUAUAAUAAAUUUUGUCUCACUGGCGAUGAUUUUACAAUCAGCAAACACAAAGAAAACUCAUCAAUCCGAGAGCUGUUGGAUGUCAUGACAGUUUAUUUGGUUCACACGGAUAUCUUUACGGGCACGCGUUGUCCCAAAAGCGUCGACAAUCCCCAACAACCGAUUCCCGGAGUGUCUCUCGACAUGGGAAGUUACCUCUUGAUGAAAAAUGGCCCAAGUUUACUCAAAGACAAGUGUCACUUGACGCUUCAGGUCGAACGAAAUUUGGAUACUUGGCGUUCGCACAACAUUCCUGACAUCAGUGUACAUGGCACAUUAUCAAAAUUGGAAGCAGAACUCGAUUUAGAGCAAUACAAACUCAUCCGAGGCUUUUUGAGCUUCAAUCUGGGCGAACCAAUCGACGAUUUGUACGAACAAAGUUGCGAAAUAUUCGACUCACGCAUGAGUUUGCUCGAGCAAGAGCAGAAAAAGCACGAAAAUGUUUUCACAAAUUUAUCCAUAACUUUAGAGUUGCAAGACGUUUCGGUGAGAUUAAAACUCCCAACAUCAAUAGCGAUUGCGGAACCGCCUCACAUCCAACAUGCAUUUGCAACGCCCUUAGCUUGCAUCAAUUUCAUCAAAAGCACGUUAAUUGUCGACUCGUUCAGCGACGGAAGUCAAGACAUCGAUUUAGUGUCAAAGGAAAUUCUAAUAAUGGAUUCGCGGGACUCGUAUCACGCCGAAGACGCCAAACGGAACGUUUUCACGACAAUUUUACAACCAAUUAAUUUUCGACGGGGCACGGAUUUAGUGCAGGCGGAGGUUCACAGCCGGAAAAGAAAUGAUCACACAAAAUUCACAAUUCUACUGAACAACAUGCGAUUAAUGGCGAUCCUAGAUUGGCUUGAAACAGUUCGAGAUUAUCUCGCACAAUCCGCUGAACCGCCGCAAGAAGUCAUUUUUAGUCAAUCCAAGCCGCAGGAAAGCAACGAAGGAGCUGCUGCAGUCGAAAACAUGGAGCUAAAAUUAAAUAUCACGGAUUCUGAGCUCGUUGUCGUCGAAAAUACGAAUCAAUGGGACACGAACGCUGUCAUUUUGAAAAGUACCACUGUUGUCUCAUACCGCCCGACAGAUUCGAACAAAAUUAUUUCCCUCAACUUGAAUAAUUUGGAAGUUUUUUCGUGUAUUUUGGGACUUGAGGAAGAUACGGCGCUGUCAAUUAUUGAUCCCGUCACUAUCAACUUGGAUUUACGGAAAGGUGUCUUAGAUGCACACAUGCAAAAACAACUGAUCAUCCGUUUGUCAUAUCAUGAUGUCAAAAUGUUCACACGGAUUUUUCAAUCUCUCAAGCAACAACUCGAAAACGCCCAAAAUAUCUCAAAAAGUCAAAAAGAGACGUCAGAAAAGCUUCAAAAUCCACGCGAAACGUCGUCAAUUCCCAAUCAAUCCGUCCUGAAAUUAGUUUCGCUCGGAUUUCACAUCUCCGAUUGUCUCGCGGCACUGGAAAAAUGCGAUAAUCAACUCGACGAAGCUGCUUUGUGGCUCACACAGAAUGCGGAACCCGUAAAAAUGGCUGCUUUAGCAACACCGAAGCACAUGCCAAACCCCUUAGACAUCCUGGAAGUCGAAAUAAAGGCAAAUUGCAUCAGCAUCACUGUCAUUGACGAUUGCAAAGAUGCCGAUGUCCCACUUUUAGAACUUUCUUUGAGCAAUAUUUCGUUGCGGCAGGAGUUGGGAUCGAAAAUUCAUCACGAAAACUCGUCGUUAUUAGCUUCGAGCAUUAUUGGACCGGGAAGAUUCAAAGCGGGGCACUUAAAAGCGAUAAUUGGAAGUGAUUAUUACAAUCGGGAGCUCAGCGGAUAUGAACCGCUAAUUGAACCUUGGAAAUGUGAGGCUUUAUGGAGUUAUAGUUAUGCCCACGCGAACAGCCAAGAUGAUCGAUUGCACUUGAAAAUCAUCAGCAGCGAGGUUUUACGAACGAAUUUGUCAAGUACAGCGAUGGAAUUGUACCAAAUGGUUCGCGAUAACUGGACUCAGGAUUAUUAUUCCUCUGAAAGUAACGAACGACAAGUUCAGAGUCCAACAAGUGGGAAUUUCAGGAGACGAGUCCCUUUCAUCCCGUUUGCUUUGAAAAACGAUACGGGGAUGAAAAUGUGGUAUUCGAAGUUGGUAACAGCGCCCGGCGUCGCUACAAAUUCAAAUAUUUCGCGUUUUGAGCAAGGCAGAUGGGUCUUAAUUGAGCCGGGAGCUUUGGUUCAUUUUUCUUUUGAGUCCUCGACGAAGCAGAGACAUCAGGAUUCGCAUAAAAUGAACUUGCAUCAAAUCGCGGUGCGUGUCGAAGGUUACAAUGACGUGGGUCCCGUGAGUGUCGACAAGGUUGGAGUUUACUUCAGACAUGCCAGACCCGAUUAUUCGGAGGAAUUUGGGGAUUUGCCGAGGGCAAGAAUCGUUUUUGCCGUCACCAUGGAAGGAUCGGCGCAGAAACUCAUCACAGUUCGUUCCUCGUUGCGACUUCAAAAUCGCCUCGACAAUCCAAUUUUGCUGAAAAUGGACAAUCUUUAUGGUUAUUUGAAUGUGCGGAAUUGGCCAGAGUCGAAAACUGUCAUUGUUCCUUCCAACGAAAUUUAUAAUGUGCCUCUUAGUCAUGUGCAUGCCUUUCUUUAUGUCAAACCUCUGAACCCGAAUAUCGAUUUUACGGAGCAACAAGUUCAAGUUCAACGCGAUACUUCGGAAACGGGUCGUGUUCAAUUCGAUGGAAACGAAUAUUGGAACAAAUAUGAGGCUUGGUUGGCGCGAAAUGCGAAUAAUUCGCAGUCAACGAACAAUUAUCAGUUCAUCGAACGGGGGAUUCAUUGGAAAGAUGUCGUCGAAAUGGGCGAAAUUUCGCAAGAAUUGAAGCAAUGCGGAGCGAAUCGCGAUAAAUUUUACAGAUUUGUCGUCGCGAUCAAGAAAGAAGCUUUUCCGUCGAAGGAAAAUAGUCUCUUACCUGGGCAUACGAUCACUCUGAACCCUCCGCUGAGGUUGCAUAACUUGCUUCCAUGCGAACUUCUCUACAAAUUGCCAACCCAAAGUCACGGGAGAAUCGGACAAAGUCGUACAGCGAGCAUUUAUGAGAUAGAUUUGGAAAAAGGAGUCGAACUUUAUAUCACACUCGAUGGAUAUCCGGGUUCGGGAACGCUUUCGAUACCAAUUGUGCAGUUGGGAACUGUCGAAAUGGAUUUGAAACUCACCGACGUCAAUGGCAGAGUGUUGAUGCUCAAUGCGAAUGUUACAGUGACGAAAGGACAAGGCGUGCAAAUUUACAUCAGUGCACCAUUUUGGCUCGUUAACAAAACCGCGUUGCCGUUAAUCUUCAGGCAAGAGGGAGUGCAUCAAGAAAGUGCCGGGCAAUAUGCGGAAAAUGAACAAGCGAGAAUGGUUUCGCCUUUUAUCUUUUCGUAUUCGGACCCAGAUUCGCAUCAAGCUUUGGUUGUGAGGUUGGGAAAACGUUAUGGAUUGACGAAUCCGUGGAGUCAACCAUUUACAUUGACAAAAGACAUUUUACAUCGACACUUGAAGGCAAGUUUUUCGAGCGAAUCUUUCGUCAUCGGUAUCGAAGUGCGUCGCGGAAAAGGAAAAUAUGCACAAACAACUGUCGUAACGUUCUCUCCGCGAUUCCAAUUGUACAACAGAAGCUCCUACAAACUUCAAUUCGCUCAAUUAUGUUACGCAACAACUCUUACUGAUCCUCUUGCUCGUCAAACAUUCAUCGAUGCUUUGCCCGGUUCACACACGCCCUUCCAUUGGCCCAAAUUAGAUAAAGAUCAAAAAUUAUGCGUUCGCUUGCCCGAAAUCCCGGAUUGUUUAUGGUCUGGCGGCAUUCCCAUUUACGAAAAUCAAAGUUUGUACAUCAAUAUUCGCAACAUCAAUGGCGGAAUGCAUUUUUUGAGGCUCGAAACUGUCCUGCAAGGCGCCACGUACUAUUUGGUAUUCACAAAUGCCGAAUCUCUCCCGCCGCCCAUCCGAAUCGACAAUUAUUCGGAAGUUCCCAUCAAGUUUUAUCAACCAAAAACGCGUCAUCAGUUGAAAUCGAGCGUUCGAGCGCAUUCCGCAAUCGCUUAUGUACUCGACGAACCCGACGGAAAACAAGCAAUUCAAAUCGAAGCACCCGGAAAUGACACGUGUCAAUGUCCUUUGAUCGGAUUUGAGGAUCAACGAUUGACUUAUGAGAAUUUUAUUUACAUCGCCUUCAGUCAAACCUUCGAAAAUGUCCCGACUUUCGAUAAUGACAUCACGAAUUUCGAUGUGAAAGCGUCACAAUUGGUUCUUGGCGUCAUCGAUAAACGCGUUGUGCUCGUAAAAAAGCAACCGGGAGAUCGUUCACAACUGUGGCGCAUGAAUAACGAGAAGCAAUUGGAGCACGAAGGCUCAUCGCCGCCUGCUGAACCGGGAAAACCAGGACAACAACGUCUCGUUUUGGAUCUCGAGAGACCUCCGCAACCCAUGGGCUACGUAAAUCUAAUUGUAGCUCCAGCAAAUCCGCAACGACGCUUCACCCAAACGUGGAAUUUCACGGAUGACGGGCGCCUGAUGUGCGAACACUCGAAUUUGUGCGUUCAAGCAAGGGGCGGUUUUUACGGAUUGCGUCCCGGAGUCGAUGCCUGCCUUGGAAUGAUUGUGUGCGACAGUAAAGUCUUGAAUGCGAUGGGAGUUCCUUUCGAACAAGCGAUAGAAAGACAAAAAUUGCGUCCCGGAUCAGGAUGUUUGUCGGUUCGGUUCAAAAUGGAUGGUCCAAUUAAGACAAUCGAGAUCAAAGAUGUGAAGCAAAUGACAAAUUCGACUUUAGAAUUUGAUCCUUCAUGGAAACACGUCUCACAAAACAUCCCGAACUCGAAUACGUUGCAAGGAACGGAGACCUUAACGUCAAAGAGUGUCAGUGAAUUGCAUGUGAAUGUCACUCUGGAUCGCGGGAUCGGUUUAUCUCUCGUUUCGAACCAUCCGUGUGAAGAACUCGCUUAUAUCAGCUUGGAAAACAUCGCUUUGGAGGGAAUUGCAACCGCGAAUGAGAGUUCUCUUCAUUUGAGCAUCGGAGAUUUACAAAUUGACAAUCAACUUUUUGAAACGACGUGUCCUGUGAUGUUAUAUACGGCAAAAAAUGGCAAUGACUCACCCACAAAACUCUCUGCGCUGCAAUUAGAUGUGAAAAUGUUGCCAUCUCCCAACAAAAAUGCCGUUAUUUUCGCCCUAUUUCGUGUCAAUUUGAAGCCCAUGUGCGUUUAUUUGGAAGAAAGGCUCCUUUUACGCCUCGCCGACUUCUUUGGAUUGGUCAAAUCCAGCCCAAGUCCCAUAAAUUUCCAAGAUGAGAGCGAUUAUGAGGCCCAGCAUGUUGUUACGAACGUUCUUGCAGCAAAUGCCACGCGAUAUUACUUCGGAGAUUUGCAAUUAAUGCCAACGCAGGUCCGUUUAAGUGUCUUAACCGCCUCAAAACUCCCGACAAAAUUGAGCGAAGUGAAAAAAGGACUCGGAUUGACACUGAUAAAGUUCGAAGAUGCCGUCAUUAGUUUCGAAAAGUUCGUUGAUCGACAUCAUUUUGAAACGUUGGAGGCUUAUAUCAACGCCAUCAAGUCUCAUUACAAGCAGGAACUCAAAUGGCAGGCUGCUACAAUCCUUGGGAGUGUUGAUUUUCUCGGAAAUCCUCUCGGAUUCGCGAAUGACCUGCAAGAAGGAUUUUCUGGAUUAAUUUUUGAGGGUUCUGUGAAGUCUUUAGUGAAAAAUGUCACACAUGGAAUUUCAAAUUCAACGGCAAAAUUAACUGAAACUUUAAGUGAUGGUUUGGGAAAAGUCGUGCUCGAUGAACAAUUCUCGGAAACGCGUCAACGAAUGCUCGAGGAUGCAUCUUCCAGCGGAAAUGCGUCGCGCGAUCACAUGGUUGCCGGUUUAAAAGGUCUUGGCUACGGAAUUCUCGGCGGCAUGACGUCAAUUGUCAAACACACGUAUCACGGCGCACAAAACGACGGCAUUCAAGGAUUUAUUUCCGGUUUAGGCAAAGGCAUCGUUGGAACAGUGACGAAACCCGUCAUCGGCGUGCUUGAUCUCGCAUCUGAAACAGCAAAUGCCGUCAAGGAAACCAGUAAAAGUUCAAAUCGGAUCUUACCGAAUCGGAAAAGGUUCCCUCGUUGCGUCACCGGAGCUCCGGGAGGUCUUUUACCGCCAUAUUCGUCACUUCAUGCAAAAGGACAACAACAUCUCUUCAUGAUAAAUCGACGAAAUUUCAACGAACAAUUUAUGGCGUACGAACCGUGCAUGUGCGACAAAAAAGAUUCGCAGUUGCGAUUACUUGUGUCGACAGAAAACGUGUGGAUUUUCUCAAAAACUGAGGAAGAAACGACAGUUGUGUGUUCCUAUCACUUGAGCGAAGUGGUUUCAUGUCAUCCGGUAUCUGUAACGCUGAAUCCCGAUAAUCCCAAGUCCAAAAAAGUGCAUUAUUACAUUGAAUUCUGCUUGACGAGCCCAUCGAAGAGUAUUACGCCAAAUGCGCAGGUGAAACGCCCACGUGUCAAAUGUCAGAGCGAGGAAAUGGCACAAAUAGCAUCGAGACAUAUAACUUACGCCCGCAGCGUUUACGAAGAACGCGAACAAACACUCACAACUGACUCAAUCAAUGACCAAUUCUAGAUGCAAACUCGAAAAAUCAUGAGAUUUAAAAAUUAAUAUUUUUUUUUUGAGAUAAGUUAUCACAUACUCUUAAUUUUUAAUAUAAAAAAAAUACAUAAUUAUAGCCAAUUUUUGUUCUCUAUAUGUUAAAAUUUCCUAAUUUAUUAUUUAAAAUUUAUUACAAAAAAAAGUCAAUUAAAAAAAAGUAUCCCAAAGACAAAAAAAAAUUAAUAGAAUAAUAAUUUACGAGUAUUAAAAAAAUUUUU